AUGGCUGCACCGACCAAGUUCAGUUUUUCCGUAAGGAGCAUCCUGGAUUUGCCUGAGCAGGAUGCGGAUGCAGCGAAGCGGUCUUCCCCGAUUUACUCCUCUUGCUCUUCCAGCUCACCGUACAACUCAUGGAUCGACUGCAAUCGGAGUCUUUGCAUGUCUUCUGACGAUUGCAAUUUCGAGGCCUCUCCUGACUCAACUAAGCCCGAUGACCAGUCCCUCGAUUCAGAGCCUGAGCAGAGCAAGAAGAGCAAGAAACGCCGCGUUUUGUUCUCCAAGGCCCAGACCCUUGAGCUGGAAAGGCGCUUCCGCCAGCAGCGCUACCUGUCGGGUCCGGAGAGAGAACAGCUGGCACGGCUGCUGAGCCUGACUCCAACCCAGGUGAAGAUCUGGUUUCAGAACCACCGCUACAAGAUGAAACGAGGUCGAGCAGAAGGAGCACUGCAGGACGUAGAAAUCCCGCAGCCGCCGGUGUUGCGCAGAGUCGUUGUUCCGAUCCUGGUCCGAGACGGGAAACCCUUUCACACAUGCUUACUUGACUCUGAGAAAUUUGGGUGUUUACCUCCGUCAUCUCAGCCGGUGCCCUUCCCUUUAGCUUACACAUCACUUCAGCAUCCAUCCCCCGUCGCUCUUCCUCCAAGGUACCACCAGCACUUUCCAGCCGCGGCGGCGGCCUCCAGCUUCGCCUGGAGAGACUUUUGGAGUGAUUCGGUUCAUCUUAAUUCUUUCAAGUAAAGGUCUCGUUUCGACGCACAAACUCAUUUAGAACGGCAUCAAAUGUUUUCUGAAUGUUUUGUAAAUGUUCGAGCCACUUAAAAGUUUAGAUUUUUUCUAUAGAACGAAUUAUAUUUUGCACAUCUUUUACGCACGUAUGCGGAAAUUUUAAAUGUUGUUUUCUCUUACAUGGCUUAUUGCUGUAGCCUUUAGAUUUUUAAUUACCCAGCGAGGUGUAUUCGUGUGAUUUGUAAGCCUUUUUAAAUGUAAUAUUUACAUAAAUGACUUGAUAAUUGAGUUCCAGUAGCUGCAUUAGGCGGUAGAAGAGGAUAGAAGAAUAGGGGCAAAGCCGCUAUAUAAGUAUGAAGGGAGAAUAUGCCAUUUGUUGGUUUUAAGGAUACUUUUUUAAAGAUUUAACUGUAUUUC